AGGCGCCCCACUUCCGGGAAGAAGCGGGUGCACGUGACGGCGCUGCCGGUUGCCAGGGGAACGAGGGGCUGUUUACGGGCAGAACCGGGGAGAGGCCGCGGGCUGCGGAUGGAGCCGAGGGCGAGGUCUCUUGGCAAGCAAUGGCCACAGAAACCCUCCUGAAGCCAGCACCGUUUGAAGGCGGAGCGGCCGCGGGUCCGGUAGAAACCUCCGCCGGGCCACCCGACCCCCUCGCUAUGCACGUCACGCGGCCCAAAUCUGCCAAGGGCCGCACGAGGACGAGCGUGAACUACUCCGCCGGCCCGGAGGCCUGUUCCGCUCCGGUGCCAUCCUCCCCCGCUGCGGCGGUCCCCUGCGAAGGCCCGAGCCGUAAGCAGUCGGUGGGAUCGCCCGCGGCCCCGCCGCCCAGCCAGGGGGCUCCGGGGGAAAUCCUCGAGCCCCUCCAGCAGCCGCCCUUACGACCCUCGUCUACCCUCAACAAGUAUCGCGUCCUCCCGUCCAUCAACAGGAAGAGCCCGGCCGAGGGGCCGGCGCCCACGGUGCCCAGACGGACCGGACAGCUCCAACCGAGCGCUACCCGGGAGCUCCAUCUCCAGGGCCUCUGCGGGGAAGAGACCGCCAGCGGGCCGUCGAAGGAAGGAUGUUCGAGACCCCCGGCCCUCCUUCCCGGGGAGAAGCCCGUCAUCCGAGCCGGGACCCCGAGCUCCCCUGACGUCGAGAGCCAGGAGGAACCACCGGGUCGAGAACCUCAGUUGCUCCUCGCCGUCAGGUCUCCUUCCGGCCGAAGGUUCGUCCACCAUUUCCGGCCAACCGACAGCCUCCGGACGGUCCUGGCCGUGGCCGAGCGAAAGAACAUGACCUCCUACAGCCACUGCAGCGUCGAGACGAUGGAAGUGCCGAGGAGGAGCUUCUCGGACCUCACCAGGUCUCUGAAGGAGUGCAGGAUCCUCCACAAGUCAGUGCUGUGCAUCUUACCGAAGGAGUGAGAGGGGCGGCUGUGAGACUUCCGGGAUUCGAUCCCGGCUCUCGUCCCCCACCCGCCCAAGUGGGGAAAUGCCACCGGAUACCAUGGACUCUCUGGGCCUCUAGGUCUGAUGUAACGAGUGGCUUCGAGGGGUCGGUUCGCCUCUUUUGGCGGAGGGUCUUCCCUUCCAGUUAGGGUGAGGAGCGGGACGAGUGCCUUCGCCGGGGAUUGUAAAGCGGUUCGCAUCCGUUCCGUACAAUCGCAAGCGAUCGAUUAGGGACCCCCCAGUCGGCGUCUCGAUCCCCCGUGGCACUCCUGUGCUGGGUCCGGAAGGACGCGAUAACCAGGGAGAGGCUGCGGGUUUCAGUCGGGUGACGGGGUUGACUUGGGACUUGGGAUAUCCCCAUGUAAAUCAGUUCCCCGAGCGUCACUGGCUCGAGAAUCCCGGAUCGGCUGACUUGGGAUUUGCCUCCUGGGAAGAGUCCAGUACAGCUACCGAGGCCUUGCUUUGCAUCUUCCCACUGCUGACUAGAUCAAGGAAACCAAAGAAAAGUCCAGGGGUCAUUUGAAUUAAUUUCCCCAUUAACACUCUCAGAAAUCAAAAUGGAGCUAAUUCCGGCCUCGGUGUCUCUCCGGGAAGACGACGAGAGCAAUCCUCGAUCCUCCCUUAAACAGUAAGGAUGCCGAGACGCUAUUUAUUCACUGGGGCCUUGGUAUAGCUGUGGCGUAGCUAAACCACGGAGGCUCUUUCAGAACUGCUAAGGAAACCCUCCUCUUGACAGAGAGUCUGCCAUAGUCAAGUUUUCGGGCUCGGUGUUAAACUGCUGUGCACACGUGCUAAACAAUCCCUCUCAUAAUUUCUGCUAGGACAGCGUAAAGCCCGGGCAUCAUCUGUCGAUCGGGCCCAAAGAGUCGUGGUUUUCCACUACAGCAGUGGCCACCACGGACCAGUUGCUUAAACACCUUCUGUAUUACCUGAACCUCCCCGGUUAUUUUGCCCCAUGAAAGCCAAAUCUCCAUUUUGAAAUACUGGGAGAAAGCUGUUGAGGAUCCUGGCCUUUGUGUUCCGGCCUUGAGCUGCAUACCGGCCAGUCACCCUCCAGCCCCAAAAGGACAUUUUUUUCCAACAGAUAUUAAUGUCUGGAUAGGAAUUCGCAUACCUAGACCCGAAUCCCGAGGGAUGUAAGUCUGCCAUUACCUCUGCAUGAACCACGUUUUACACCGAUGGAGGAUGCUGUCAGAGAUGUUCCUAGCGGGGAAAUUGGAACUCUGGGACGGAGAGAGAUUGGCUCUGGCAAAGCGCCUCUGCCCACCUUCUGGGGGUGGCGAACAGCUCUCACUAAGAUCUCUUGGAGGGGGCAAGCAGUCCCGGAUCGCUGCACCCCUGCCGGUUGGCAGAUUAUUUUCCAGACGCAGCUAGAAAAAUGAGGAGCGGCUCCUUGGUUAAUCUGGGCCUGGAGGUGGGAAGUCCUCCGUGAUGCAGCUUUCUUUUCCCUGGGGAAAACUGGACCGGGGAGGCGGCCUCCAACCCGCUCUGCCAGCAUCCCGAACUCUCUCAGAUCUACAGGCAUCCAAUGCAACUUUUGCAUCACCUCUAGGGAGCUGGAGAACCACUUGUGAAACCCACCUUCUCUUGUGGAAUCGAAGGAGAAAGCCUGGCUGAGCCGGGCUGGAAAAACAGGGCAUUUCCAGAAAGUAAGCCGCAAUAAACUUCAGUGAAAGAAAGCUGGAGAGAUGACUGUUUUCCCAAUUCUGCUCUGCGGGAAGGGGCUUUCUCUCCUGCCGAUGGGUGGCAAGAGGAGUCUUAGAUGGUUGGGGGGAACCUUAAAACCACACAGUCUGGAAAGCUUUUCAUACUGUUUUGAGGUAAAGGAACUUACAUUUAAAAAGCACUUCAAUCCUUUUCUAACCAAAGUGAUCUUUUUUAACAAUAAAACCUUUCUGUGUGACAUCAUCAUUAAAAGCACUUAGCAUGUG